AUGGACGCGAGUUUGGCCGAAGUGUUACAAGGGAUGUCGCUUGGAGAAGACAAAUCAAUCAUCAUUCCGGAGGAUGAUGACUAUUGUGCGAUUGAACAAGGAGAAAGGAGCAUCUUGGGGCGUCUUCUAAAUCCAUCUUGCCAGAACAUGGGUAGAAUGCUAAGGACAAUGCCAAAGAUUUGGAAGGUGUAUGAACGAGUUAGAGGCAUUGCGUUAUCAAAGGAAAGGUUCCAAUUCAUCUUUGAACUUGAAAUCGAUAUCGAGAUGGUGCUGAGACAGGGGUUUUGGACUUUUGAUGAUUGGGGUAUGGCCAUGGAGAGAUGGGUUGAAACACCACCGCCGAACUACUUACAAACGGCAAAGAUCUGGAUUCGAUUGCACCACAACCUUCCAGUUAACUACCUCCGGUUGAAGACCAUAGAUGCAGUUGCUGAUGGUAUUGGUCAUGUUAAGUUGAUUGAGUUUGAUCCUUCAAAGCCUCAUCUUUGGGAUUAUGUAAGAGUCCAAGUGGUUUUGGAUGUCAACCAACCUCUACGUGAUAAGAAGUCCUUGACCCUACCUGGUGGUCGAAUUGAGUACGUUGAUGUGGAAUAUGAACAGUGA